CUUAUGAAGCUAGUACUCCCCUUCUAACAGUUAGGGACGAAUUUGGGUUCGCAAACGCUUGAGUUGGAUAAUAGUAAUGUCUAUUGUAAUUGAAAAAACUUUUACCUGCGUAGAUCUUAGCCGAAAAGUCGUACACCUUUCAGUCAAUAUUUGAACAUCAGGACUAACGGAUGAGAGUUUAAUUUUAUUUUGAUAUAAAAUGUCUCAGCGCUUGUGGUUUCUGCUGGAAUGGGUUGAUGAAAGCAAUGUUUUCUCCAAUUAUAGUGUUGUAAGUGACAACUAUUUGCUAAGAAAUGAUGGUGAAAUCCGAACUGGUAGUAUUGUGUUGGUGCGAGACAGGCGAAGCAAUCUGGCCAAGAGAGGACAGAUUCUACGGCUCUCAGAUAAUAAGCGAUACAUCAAGGAGUUGAAAGUGAUGCUGGAGAGGCAAGACAACCAGGUUAAGAAUGUUCUGGCUUUGUGUAUGAACACGAUGAAAGAAAUGAAGACUGGGGCCAUGUGUGGAAGCCAUUCAUCGCCAAUCAGCACCUCACUCAAUCAAAGCGUAUUUAACGGAGGAAUCGACGACGACAGCAGCGAUACUACAAGUGACGAAGAGAAUACUUCCGAGUUGAACAUUACGCAGUCCUCUUUAAAAAUAAACAGCCAACCUACAAGGAUAGAAUCUAUGGUGAAUAAUCAACUCCUGCGCACACUCCAUGAGAAAACCUUACACAACCAAAUGCAAUCAAUCGCCAGCAGCACUCCUCUACCACCGAAACAUCCUCAUGAUAGUAAUGAUAAACUGACAUUUGACCAAUGUACCCAGACAGAUCCCUCUCUUUUCAAUCCACCAAUAGAAAAGAUUGAAGAGUUGGAAGCGGUAGUCCAUAAACUGUACAAACAAUUCUUGGAUUUAGUAGGAAACGAACCAAUUGAGACACAGUCUGUAUCGACGGAAAUUGCUUCCGAACAUGAACAAAACUUAAAUGAUGCUAAAGAUGAUUUUAUAGCUGAAAACCAUAAUUCUUCUGGUGGAAAAAUAGAGACUGAUAAAAAUGGCAAGAAAGUUAAAGUCAGAAGAGUGUCGGCACAAACAACAAAUACAGCUUUGCAAAGAUCUGAUAACGCAGCGGAUGCCAUGGUAUCAAUUGGGAAUGGGAACGCAGUUGUACCAGCUCGUCUGUUGAAUAAAAUAGAUUGGCGUUCAUAUACAUCGGCAACAAGGGUAUUGCUUCAGGCAGUUUUUCCUAGAAGAGUCCUGGCAACACAUUCAUUGACCGGUAAACAAUCGCCAGCUUUUGCAGAUAAACCCGCAAAACAGUGUCUUGACACUAAAUUAGUAGAAGACAUCGUAAAUACGGUUUCUGAAAGAUGUGGAGUCGCUAAACGAAUUGUAAGAAGCUGUAUAACAACAAAGUGUACUGAUGAAGCUAAGUUAUACCGUAAUCGCCAGAAGUAUAAAAAGGUCAAACAUCGAAAUCAAGAAAACGUGCCCCCAUCGCCUGCGUCGUCCACAGACUGCUUAACACCGAACAAAGAAUAACGUGUUAUAAAAAUAACCUGCUACUACAACCGCUACAAAUUAAUUACUUUUACCACCAACC